AAUUAGGCGGCUCCAAACGAGGCGCCCCUCUCGCUCCUGCGCCGGCGACCCCGCGGAUCCCCCCCUCCCCCUACUAAUCACCGCCGCGUGCAGGCCUGAGCCCGAGCCGCGUGGUGCCCGCGGCCACGGCGAGCGGCGGAUAGCCCGCGAGCCGGGAGAGCGCCGGCCGCCGGAGCCCCGCCCCGCCCCGGCGGGCGAUCGCCGGCGCGGGCGCCACCCACCCGCGCCCCUGGUUCUUCCCAGCGGGUUCUUCCCAGGGGGGAUUUUUGCCGUUCCCCGGCCGCCCGGCUUCUCGGUCGGAUUCGUUCGCUCCGGCGCGGGGGAGGCUUCCUCCUGGCGUGUGGGGGCGCCGCGAUGCCGGAGGCCGGGCACUACGGGUACAAGAAGACGGACGGCAUCUGCGACGGCGUGUUCGGCGGCGAGCCUAUGUCAAAGGCAGCUCUGACCAUGUCAAGGCUAAAGUGUGCGCUACGGGGAUUUGAUCUCAGGGCACUUAUGGCUCUCUUGAUUGGUGUGCCAAUCCUGAUCUUAAUGAUAUAUGCUCAUGGUCAGAAGGUCACAUACUUCCUCCGGCCAAUCUGGGAAUCUCCUCCCAAGCCCUUCAAGACAAUCCCUCACUACUACCAUGAAAAUGUCACCAUGGAGAAUCUCUGCAAGCUACAUGGGUGGAAAGUCCGGGAUACCCCUCGCCGUGUAUUUGACGCUGUACUCUUCAGCAAUGAGCUUGAUAUCCUUGAGAUCCGCUGGAAUGAGCUUAGUCCCUAUGUGUCAGAGUUUGUGCUUCUUGAGUCCAACUCAACAUUCACUGGCAUGAAAAAGCCCCUCCACUUCAAGGAAAACCGUCAUCGAUUUGGGUUUGCUGAAUCACGGCUGACAUAUGGUAUGAUUGGGGGAAGGUUCGUGAAGGGGGAGAACCCAUUUGUUGAGGAGUCAUAUCAGAGGGUUGCCCUGGACCAGCUCAUUAAGAUUGCAAAAAUAGAAGAUGAUGACCUGCUGAUCAUGUCGGAUGUUGAUGAAAUCCCAAGCGGUCACACAAUAGACCUCUUGAGGUGGUGCGAUGACAUUCCAGAUAUACUUCAUCUUCAGCUCAGGAAUUAUCUUUACUCCUUUGAGUUUUUCCUGGAUGACAAGAGCUGGAGGGCAUCAAUACACAGGUACCGAUCUGGAAAGACGAGGUAUGCACACUUCCGGCAGACAGAUGAGCUUCUUGCUGAUUCAGGAUGGCAUUGCAGCUUUUGCUUCCGCUACAUAAGCGAUUUUGCUUUCAAAAUGCAAGCUUAUAGUCAUGUUGAUCGGAUCAGGUUCAAGUACUUCCUGAACCCUGAUAGGAUUCAAGAUGUCAUCUGCAGAGGGGCGGAUCUUUUUGACAUGCUUCCUGAAGAGUACACAUUCCAGGAAAUCAUUGCCAAGUUGGGGCCGAUCCCAAGCACAUAUUCUGCUGUUCAUCUUCCUAGUUAUCUGCUAAAGAAUGUAGAGCGCUUUAGAUAUCUUCUACCGGGCAACUGCAGGAGAGAAAGUGGCUGAUUUUAUGGCUUACCCUGCAAUCUGCUGUGUAUGGGUGCCACUGCACAUCUGUUGUCUUGGUCGAGGCCCAGAUGUCUGUGGCACAGUUGCAUCUGGUAUGAUUGGCUAACAUAGCCGGACAAUUGCUUGGGGGAUUUUGUCUGUGGAUGAGAGGAAGCCGCUGACAUUGUGCUCUGUAAUCGGACAUGGGAAGAGGAUCUAGCAGCAUAUAACAGCAUAGCGCAUGCUUGGCCCUGGCUGGUGGCUGUGCCUUCCGGAUGAGAUGAACUGAGUGUGUGAGUACAACCAGGUGUUGCCAUCCAUUACUUCCCUGAUUGAUAUAUAAAUUCAAAAGGGCUGUUGUAGAUUGCAAAACCAAUUGAUAUUCCAGAACUACAUGUUGUAGAAAACUGGUCUUACUCUGCAUACAAUUUACAUACGUGCCCAGUCCUAUUCUCCGGCCGCUAUUGUGUUGCCUUUUGUCGACGGGUGCCGCUACAUUUCUGGAUUCCUUGAUCAAAACUAUUGGCUUCUGGAAUAUUAGUGCGUUAAGUACCUUAUUUCUGGUAGCGGCAUUGUGCUGCCAGCAGCUGAGCAACCAGCAUUUUCGAUGCCUCGCUGAAUUUUGCUGUCCAAACUGUUCCUUUUUUUUUUUUUGGAAAAACGAUGUUGUAAACUGUAUUGCUGGGCGCUGCAUCCAUUGUGAUUUUUGGUUCGCUA